AUGGAUGUUGACUGUGAGUUUGUUGCUGCACCUCCGCACUCUUUUGCAGCAGCAGGAGCAGCAGGAGAGUCAUCAGCAGCAAACAGCAGCAGCAGCAACAGCAGCAGCAGCAGCAGUAGUGAAUUAUUUCAGCUACCAGCAGCAAAUGUCCAACGUAUAGUUAAGCAGCAACUUGCUGCUGCUGCAGUAAGAGGAGACAGCAGAUCUAUUGCUGCAUUAGGUAGAUGUGCUUCCUUAUUUCUUAUAUAUGCUGCUGAUGCAGCAGCAGCAGCAGCAGCAGCAGCAAGAAGACAGACCAUUGGUCAUCAUGAUGUUAUUGAUGCCCUUAAACUCCUUGGAUUCCCUGAGGUAGCAGACGAGGUGCAGCAGCAGCAGCAGCAGCAACUGCAGCAGCAGCAACAGCAGCAAAUGCAGCAGCAGCAGCAAGGGAAGCAGCAAGAUGAUGAUGCUAUCGAUCUUGAGGAAGCAGAGGACGCAGAAGCAGCAGCAGCAGCAAAGACACCUGGUGCUGCUGCUGCUGCUGCAGCAGCAGCAGCAGCAGACAGCUAUUCAGAUAUAGCAGCAAAUAACUUUGAGGUAGAUGUAGAUCGCUUGGAUUCAGUUGCUGCUGCUGCUGCAGCAGCCGCUGCUGCUGCACCUGGACCAGGUGCAGCAGCAGCAGGACUCUUCCCUGCAGCAGCAGCAGCAGCAGCAGCAAGGGAAGCUGGCAGCAGCAGCAGCAGCAACAGUGCUGCACUGCAUGCAGAUACACUCGCUGAGUUAAUAGACGAAAGCUUAGAGAUGUAA